GGUUCCCAUAGCUGUACGGAGGGACGGGAAGUUAAUAGUUAAAUUUUGCAGCGAUGAAGUCAAACUAGCUGGCUCCCAACCAAGUACCAUGUCGAUCUUUAUCCGCACAAUGACGCGUUGUCAUAACUGGUGACCCGAGACCAAAUUCCCACAACCCCGACUCUCUCUUCUUCCACCGUAUCCUUAAAAUCUUCACGCGCCGUAUCCGAGGCCGUUCUCAGCUGCAGGACCAGUCAAGGUCGCAAUCAUGGCGAAGGGCAAUGUUCUUGUUACCGGUGGGAUGGGCUAUAUAGGGUCCUUCACGUCUCUCGCGCUUCUUGAGGCAGGAUAUAGUGUCGUAAUUGCCGACAGUCUAUAUAAUUCUUCAGACGAGGUGCUCAAUCGUAUUGAACUGAUCUGUGGCAAACGCCCCGGUUUCUUCAAGUUAGACGUCACCGACGAAGCUGCUUUUGACAGGCUAUUUGAUGAGAAUCCUAGCAUUGACAGCGUGAUUCAUUUUGCUGCUCUAAAGGCAGUGGGAGAAUCCGUCGAGAGGCCUUUAGAUUACUACAAUACUAAUGUCUACGGAACACUGUGCCUAUUACGCUCAAUGGUCCGUCAUAAUGUGACGAAUAUCGUCUUCUCGAGUUCUGCAACCGUCUACGGUGACGCGACACGUUUCGAGAAUAUGAUUCCCAUACCUGAAGAGUGCCCCUUGGGUCCAACUAAUCCUUAUGGAAAUACAAAGGUUAUCGCUGAGACUGCGAUUACAGAUGUUAUCAGCUCGCAGCGCACCAAUGCGAUUAAGGCUGGAAAUGCAGAAGAUGCUGAAAAGUGGAACGCGGCUCUGCUGCGCUAUUUUAACCCUGCAGGUGCUCACCCGAGCGCAAUCAUGGGCGAGGAUCCACAGGGCGUGCCGUACAACCUGCUUCCACUGCUUGCACAAGUAGCUACGGGGAAACGAGAAAAGCUCCUUGUGUUUGGAGAUGAUUACGCUUCUCAUGACGGCACCGCUAUCCGUGACUACAUUCAUAUCCUUGAUCUUGCAAAUGGCCACCUGGAAGCCCUCAACUAUCUCCGCGACAACCGUCCCGGCGUCCGCGCUUGGAACCUGGGCACCGGCAAAGGCAGCACCGUCUUCGACAUUAUCAAGGCUUUUAGCAAAGCUGUUGGCCGCGACUUGCCAUAUGAGGUCGUUGCCCGUCGCGAUGGUGAUGUUCUGGAUCUAACCGGGAACCCGUCUCGUGCGAAUCGUGAAUUGGGAUGGAAGGCCACACGAACUCUCGAGCAAGCCUGCGAAGACCUUUGGCGGUGGACAAAGAACAAUCCCCAGGGAUAUCGACAGUCACCACCAGAGGAAUUUCUCGCCAAGCUAAAACAAAAUUAAGGGGCCGGCAUUUGAAUUUAUUGUGAUAUACAGUUUCAAGGGAAGGGUAAAUAUAACGGCGAAUAAUAAGCAAAAGCAAUCGAUUUGGGUUGGUACUGGGGGGAAAUAAUGCUCUUUUGUUCUCUCCGGAAGUAUAGUUCGUCCGGUGAUGUUCUCGUUCUAUAUUGAUUGAUUAUAGAUUGCCGUGUUUGUAGGGAGAUAGUGCAAUCGAUAUGUAUGUUUGUACCGACAAAAUAGAAUAGGUCUUCUAUUCUGUCUUGUGGAUUAAGAUGCAAUUAUUUUCUUUCCUCCUUACCGUCUAGGUUAUCUUGCUGACUCAAGAAAGUCCCCGAUUCCGACGCCAUCAAGGCUAGUGAAUGGAUAUCGGCAGCACGAAACACGUAAAUAAUAAAAUCACCCCAUUGCCAGAUUUUUCAUCCCUCCUUUUUACCUCUGACAGGCUUCUGUUUCUUCUUCGCCUCCUCUUGCUUUUCCCCCUUCUCGAUCGCUCUCCGAAGGGCACUCGCUUUCUCAGUUUUUUCAAUCUGCUCUUGACUAAACUUCCAUAACUUCUCGGCAAUUUUAUCAUCCAUCACCUCUUUUCUCAGAACUUCCCGCUGCUUACAUUCCUUUAUCAACCUGCCUCCUUGAAUACCCACUAUUCGCCUUUGUCUGUCUUCGUCCGUCUCGCCCACCGCGCUCAGCCCAGCUUCCAUCGCUGCUAGAAGAAAGCUUUGUGCUCCCUGUUGGGGUGAUUUGAGAAUAAGCCACCAUAUUGGCCAUGUAAGAAGGUAGAAUAAUAGCCCCAGGAGAGAUCCGCCGGUGAGCCAGCGCCUCGUUCCCGGCGUUCUCGAAAAUCCCGGGUCCACCACGAGCACGCGCGAAUUGGUAGGACGGGCCGCUUGCUUUUUGGUCCGAUUGGAGUUGUCGUAGUUGGCCAGAUGAGCUUGGUAUGACCGCGCGAAUAUCAAGAGGGCGAGUUUAGAUGUAGCAUACAUGCUGCUGCUGGAUUUAGACCCGCUCCUUAUUGUUCCUUUGACGCUUGACUUUGCUUUGGAUGUGCUUGAACCCUGCGUUGCUUCCGAUGUUCUGGCUUCCAGCGUUUCAAAGUCCAACUCCGCCCUGAUGUAACUCGAACAGGUCGCAAAUAUGACUCUUACAUCCCGAUCUGGCGGCUGAGCGCGCAGUGCAGGGCUUAAUAUACUUAGUAAAUGAAAAUUGGCUAGGUAGUUCACCUGCCACUCUCUGUUUAGUCUAUCGGACGUAUUUUGCAACUCCGGAG